CUAACGGUUCGAUCGGCAGGCAUAACGCAGCUUGCUCUCAUCGCAAGGCACAGCAGCCACGAGCAGCAUGAAGUCUACGGCUCUCCUUUGCGGUCUCCUGCUAGUCAACGCCGCUAAAGCUGGCUUCCUAGGCGGAGGUGGCGGCGGUGGUCUCGGAGGCGGCGGAUACGGCGGCGGAGGAUACAGCGGCGGAGGAUACGGCGGUGGUGGCUAUGGCGGUGGGGGCCUCGGUGGAGGGUUCGGAGGUGGCGGCCACGGAGGUGGCGGCUAUGGAGGUGGCGGCUAUGGAGGUGGUGGCUAUGGAGGAGGUGGCUACGGCGGCGGAGGCGUAGGCGGCGGAGUGGGCCACACAUCCACCUAUCUGGUGCGCACCGUGAGCAGAACGCAUGGUGGAGGCGGCGGAGGCCUCGGCGGCGGGUACGGCGGCGGCCUCGGAGGUUACGGAGGCGGAGGCUACGGCGGAGGAGGCUACGGCGGCGGCGGCUAUGGCGGCGGCGGAUAUGGCGGCUACAGUGGUGGCGGAUACAGCGGUGGACUCGGUGGCUUUGGAGGCGGUGGCUACGGCGGUGGAGGAUCUGGUGGCGCCGCCAAGGUGAUCAUCAUCAAGGGAGGAGGAGGCGGCGGAGUCGGCGGCGGACUCGGCGGCGGAUACGGUGGAUACGGCGGCGGCUUGGGAGGACUGGGAGGAGCCAGCUACGGCGGCGGCGGAUACGGUGGGGGUGGAUACGGUGGUGGCGGAUACGGUGGCGGGGGCCACCACGGCGGCUGGCACUAAGCGGAUGCAAGUGCAGUUCAUGAAAUGACAGCCAAUCCGGCCAGAGCGUUCGCCACCCGGCAGGGGUAGCAGCGGCCACCUUAUGAAGAUGAGCAGACCAGACCUCGCAGAUUCCAACGUGGAUUGGCCAUCGUAUUGUUGUUUUCGUUGUUGUUCGUUGUUGUUGAUUCAUCCUACGCCGUUAACAGACUGAGUUCCACCAAAUGAAAUCUGCAGCUUGCCUUGCAUGAAAAAUAUAGCAGGAGGCGACUCGGGCUUUCUUGUCACACGCGAAGAUUCUUUAGCCUGCUCCGCUGAUAUCGAUUUCAUGGUGCUGCUUGUACAGAGAAGUGUGAACUUAUCAUGAGUUGAAUAAAAAAUAAAAAACAA